AUGGCGAAUACAACUCUUGCGCCCUUAUCAGACGAGGAAUUAACCAAGCUGGGCAACUUGGCAAUUGAGGCAAAGGCAAAGGCAUACUGCCCGUACUCCAACUUCCGCGUCGGGGCCUCCGUCCUCCUCUCAGAUGGGACAUACCAUACGGGCGCCAACGUCGAAGUCGCCUCGACCCCCGUAGGCAUCUGCGCGGAGCGGUGCGCCAUCGCACCGAUCGUGGCCUCGAUGCCUCGUCCCAAAAUGCCCGCCAUCCGCGCCAUCGGGGUGGCGACGGACAUUUUCCCGCCAGCGUCCCCCUGCGGGAUGUGUCGACAGUUUAUAAACGAGUUUGCUACGUCGAGGGACUUGCCGAUCUACAUGUACGGCAAGGACGGGCUGGAGGGAGAGGUGGUCCGGAUGACGAUUGGCGAGCUAUUGCCUAUGAGUUUCGGACCGAAUGAUAUAGAGAGAAAUCCUGGGAAGUGA